AGUCGGAUCAAGUUGUCAUCUCUGUAUUUUAAUUUAUUAUAAUUUUUUGAAUUCUUUUAAAACUGUAUUUCUUUUAUAAUUUUUAAAAUUUUAAAAUUAAGAUUAAAUUGUUGUUAAGGGUUAAAUAUUGGGUAAACUACAAAAAUAGUCACUUUUGUUUACCUCAAAUUAUAUUUUAGUCACUUAUGUUAUCGUUUUGUUACGAAGCGGUCACACUACUGUUAAAAUCCGUUACCUCCUUAAAUGAAGUCCUAUGUGGCAGUCCAAAUGGGUUUUAAAUGCCAACUUGGAUGUCUAGUUGUUGAGAUGAAAAUAGGUUUUUAAUUAAAUAAAAUUCAAUUUGGACUGUUACGUAGGACAUCCAAGUUGACAAUUAAAGCCCAUUUGGACUGCCACGUAGGACCGCCGUUAGGGAGGUAACGGAGCUUAACGAUAGAGUGAUCACUUCGUAACAAAACGAUAACGUAAGUGACUAAAACGUAACAUUUCAAACAUGAGUGACUAAUGUAAUCUAAGACAAACAAAAGUGACUAUUUUUGUAGUUUACCCUUAAAUAUUUAAGUAUUAAGAGCAAAUUGAUAUGAUAUAUAUACCAAUUAGAAAAGUCAUGUCAUCUUUAAUUAUUUAACUAUGAGUGAACAAAACAUAUAAUCUCAAAUAGUUAAAUGACUAAAUUGUAAUUUUCCACAGUUUAAAAUUAAAACGGAAAUCCACAUAUAACUCAGUAACCCACAGACCACGGUGUACUUUAACAACACUAUAAUCAAAUAUUCAAAACCCUAUUUGGUUAACAGUGGAAGUUGAAUAAAACCCAGGGUUUUUGGCUGCUUCCAUGCUCUUUUCUUCUUCAUAUCUGGAAAAUACUGCUACCUAAUUCAGAAGUACUUCUGGGUGAUUGUUUAUUCUUAAUGGAACUUUGGGAUGUUGCUUAUGGAUUCCUCGACGAAGAUAUCUUUCAAUCGUUGCAUUAGAGAUGGAGAUUUGGUUAUUGUAUAUGAGAGGCAUGAUACUAUGAAAGCUGUUAAAGUGUGCGAGAAUUCGGUUCUUCAAAAUCGUUUCGGUGUAUUUAAACAUUCGGAUUGGAUUGGGAAGCCGUUUGGUUCCAAAGUUUUCAGCAACAAAGGUGGAUUCGUUUACCUAUUGGCUCCGACACCGGAGUUAUGGACUUUGGUUCUAAGUCAUAGGACUCAGAUUCUUUAUAUUGCGGAUAUUAGCUUUGUGAUUAUGUACUUGGAAGUAGUUCCGGGUUGUUUGGUUCUUGAAUCUGGGACCGGUAGUGGCUCAUUAACAACAUCGUUUGCAAGGGCUGUGUCUCCAAUGGGACAUGUGUAUACCUUUGAUUUCCAUGAACAGAGGGCCGCCUCAGCUAGAGAGGACUUCGAGAGGACUGGAAUAAGCACUUUAGUCACUGUGGGAGUCCGAGAUAUUCAGGGUGAUGGAUUUCCCGAUCAGUUUUCUGGAUUGGCUGAUUCUGUAUUUUUGGACCUACCGCAACCUUGGUUAGCCAUUCCUUCAGCUCGAAACAUGUUGAAACAAGAUGGAACUCUGUGUUCCUUCUCACCAUGCAUCGAGCAAGUGCAACGUUCAUGUGAAACUCUUAGAUCUGACUUUACAGAUAUACGGACCUUUGAAAUACUGCUCCGCACGUACGAAGUCCGUGAAUGGAAAAUGGAUCACUCGAAAGUCAAUGAUGGUAAUUCCACUGCAUGCCCUCCACGCAAGAGGAGGCAGCCUUCGAGUGAAGCAAGUGUCGGGGACAAUGCAAGUUCUUCUGCAGUUAUGGCCCGGCCAUCUGCUGAAACACGAGGGCAUACUGGAUAUUUGACUUUCGCAAGGAAGUGCGUUUCUUGAAAAAAAAAAAGAAGAACUUUUACAAGUUGCAAACAAUUUUAAUCCUACUAUUAUGAUUGAUUCUUAGCUCACUCAAUGACACAUUCCUGAGUAUUCACUUCACAAGUCACUAUUCACGUAGGACCUGUUCAUGUGCAGCCGGAAUUUUUCUUUGUUUAAGCCUGUUUUUGGCCUGGUUUGAAUUCACUGUUGUGAGUAUAAUAUUGUCCAAGUUCAGCUGGGACCAGGCCUACAGGUAUCAGUGUCUUUUGAUAGGUGGAUUGGAUUGAUAGGAUGGCUGAAAAUGGGUUUAGGAAUUAGGGGAUGAUUUAGAUUUUCCCUUUGGGAGACAAGCCAUAAUUGUCUUAACCAUAGUGCGAUACAAAAAGAAGACGGCCUUCUCUAUACUAGGAGUGAAUUCGAUUUACUCGAAUUCAUAAUAAUUCUGUUUGAUUUGAUUUUCGUUUUUUUCAAUUAAUUUUGAGUUUUGAAUUUAUGAACUUAGUUUACCAAAAA